GUCGUCAGUCUUGCUGCAACAAGUGUCGCGUCCAGAGUUGUUUUCGCGGCCUACUGAGCUGGCUCGCGCUUGAGGCGUCUACACGUGGCUUGAGGCGCGCGCAACUUUGUGUGCGAUCGCUCGUUCUAAUAUUAGAAUAAAACACACUGAAGAGUUUAAAUUUAGUGAUUCUUUUUUGUUUUGCUGGUGAAAUUUCGGCGCCGCAAUUUGUGUUUCGGUGGUGCGAGGGUGUGUGUGUUUUUUCAGUAUUCGUGCAAAACCCGCAGCUGUUUUUGCCAAAGUGUGUUUUUCGACGCCGGUUUGCUAGCAAGAUUCGUCUAUUUUUUUCGGAAGACAUUGUCGCGUUAAAAAAACACACAACGAACUGUUUUGUGCUAUCUGGCGUUGGAAAAGGAAAGUGAUGUGUUCAAAACGCUAAAGUAAACUUAGCAAAAAAAGCCGCACCCAGCUGAUGAUAAGACCGGCAACUAAUCCAACUCCACCCGGCCCGAGUUCAAUUGCUGCUGAUGGUCGUAUGUAGUAGCAGCAGUAAACAACGACCCCGAAAGUCAGUAUAAUAUUCAAUUAGAGGAGAAAAGUGACCGGACCAACGCGAAGCGACGAAUCGGGCAAAAUCUUCCACGUGCUCCAGAUGAUUGGGACCAACGACGCCAUUCGUGCGCUGGAGCUGAAAGUGUUUGGAAGCAGGAGCAGCAGCUCGUCGAACGAUGUGUUAACAGUGUUCAAACAGUGAUUUUUUUGUUUUUACUUAAGUCAAAGGAAUAUCAUAACCAGUGCCAAAAAGUUACUCGAAAGUGUGUGUGUUCUAACAAAGAGCGAAGAAUUUUGCGGGAGGAAAAAUGCCGAUGAAGGAGUGGAUUUACCGGCUUCAGCCGGUCCAGCUGUACAUCGUGCUGGUGCUUUCGAUCGUGUACUUCCUGGUACAGCUGUUCCUGAGUCACAUUUCGCAUGCCCUGGUUCUGCUGGUGGAUUCCUACCACAUGCUGUGCAAUAUCAUUGCCCUGAGCGGGUGCAUUCUGACGAUUAAGCACAGCAAAAAGUCCCCACCGGCUUCGUCGGAGGCAUGUCGGCCACAUCGGUCCGUCUCGCAGAACUCGCUGGCCGAUGGCAGCGAAGAUCACCGCUUCAUGGAGGUUCCCGUUCCGGCGGUGGGCGUUCUGGAGGCGCCAGCCGGCGUGGGAAAAGACGUCGACCUCAGUCCGGCGGUCGUGAAGGCCGGCGUCAAGGUGAAGGGCCAACAGCAGCGCGAAAACAGCCUCCGGAACACGUUCGGUUGGGCGCGCAUCGACGUGCUGACCAUGCUGGUCGUGUGCAUCUUCCUGGCCUCGUUCUGCUUCUCGGCGGUCGUCGAAGCGCUGCAGACGUUGUCCCACAUUCACCACCAGGACGCGAUGCACUUUCCGAUUCCGGUGUUGAUCUUGGGCGCGCUGGGGAUCGUCCUGAACGGGUUCUGCUACCUGUUGAUCGGAGGGUACACGUACCACCAGGGCAGCUUCCUGUACAUAACUUCCAGUGGGAACGUCGUGCUGGACCGGGUGGUGUCCGGCGAUGGCAUUAGAAAAGGCGAGCGGCGGCUGUCCGGGUCGCGAAAGCACGUGGCCGGCAUGAACUACGAUGUGCCCAAGCGACAGAGCGUCCGCGAGAUGAUGCGAGAUGUGUGCAGUACGGUCUUUGUGAUUAUCUGCUCGAUGAUUGUGCACUACACCAACGAGGACGAGGACACGUCCAAGUUUGUCGAUCCGCUGUGCUCGAUUCUGUCCUGCGUGGUGCUGAUGACGCUGAGCUAUCCGUACAUGAAGGAAUCUGGCAUGAUCCUGCUGCAGACCAUCCCGGACACGAUCGACAUCGAGAUCUUCGAGCGCACGAUGCUCAAAACCUUCCCGGACAUCGUGAGCGUGCACGAUCUGCACAUCUGGCAGCUCAGCUCGAACAAGUACGUCUCGACGGCGCACGUGAUCUUCGAGAACCCCAAGGUCUACUCCGUGAUUAACGACCAGCUGAUUGACUUUUUCCACGACAUGGGCAUCAACCAGGUCACGAUCCAGCCGGAAUUCGCCUCCAAGCAGCCGGUUCUGCCUCUGUUGGCCGCUCCCCCGGUGAGUGCGACCAGCGCCCAGGACACCGCCGCGGUCAAGGACACGUGUCUGAUGCAGUGCCGCGGUGCGGGUUGUCUCGAUCGGCACUGCUGCAAUCGUAUCGUGGACAAGGACCAAGCGAAAAGUCCGACCAGUUGACGGCCGUCGUGACGAGUGGUCACUCGUCCUGCCAUGGCCACUCCCACUCCCACCCGGAAGGAUCGGAGCAGAUUCCGAUGGAAGUGCAGAAGCCGGCUCCGGAUGUUCCCCCAACCGACUCAGUGUUAAAAGAGAGCAAGGAAGAAGAAUCAAGCCCAGCUGAAAUCCACGUGACCUCCUCCUCCUGCGCCACCACAAGCGAAUGUGGCCACACCCACUAGAGUGAACUCUGCCCCCAGGUUUGAAAGCAAAACACAGGGUUGUCUCCUAGUACAAAAUCAGCAAGACUGAACGCAAUGCUUUUCGAAAAGCUAAAUUUUACCCCUCCCCCCACAAAGUCCACUUGUUAACGGUCAGUCGAGAUUUUACGAAGUGUGUUUCGUAGAAAGUCAAACGUUAAAAUUUAAACGCUUAACGAUUAAAAAAUUUGUAAGAGACGAGUGUUGUUAAGAAAAAAACCAAUAAUAAAUUGUGAUAACUUUUACUUUCGCCAGCCGGAAGUAAGCCAUAUUACAACUACCCGCAAAACUACCAAUACCAUACUGCUUGAGUGUCGACGAGUAAGAAAAAUACAUUAAUAUUACGUUACGUUACGUUUUUUCUUUGAGUGAAUAUAACAAGCGAUUAAUUUUAACGCAAAGAUUCUAAUCGAGUUGAUUACGAUUGUACGAACGAUUUUAACAAAAAAAGUCUUUAUGUUUUGCAUUUCUUCCAGCAGUAACAUAGUGAGUAAGUUAAAGUGAAAAUAAAAAAUAAAUAAAUGCAUGCAAAAA